UUUAGCUUGACCGCGAUUGACACUCGUCUUGAUGUGAUGCAUAAGCAUAACUGAUACAUAAUUCUAGUUCAUUGUUCAUAUCCAAGAUAGGAGCACGAGAACAAACAUGCCGAUGCCACGGAGAGGCUCGCUGUGCUCCAAGUUCUUGCGUGCGUGGGUCGUUUGGGAUGCAAGCAUUUCCGUUGUCGCAGUGCAUGGAGCUUCGUCAUCAUCGUCCAGCUCUCCGAAAGCGCUCGCCGGUGUAAGUCCUCACGACGGAGGAGGCACUACAAAAUUCCCAGAACUAGAGCGGUUUCAAAACGGCCUGAUCGAUUUCGUUAAAGUCUGUGUCAAAACAAAUCUCUUGUCGGUAGAGGAGGAGCCUAGCUUCCUAUCUCCUUCGUCUGUGGCGAAUGCAGCAAAGAAAUUUUUCAGGAAAAGGAGGAAGACCACAGCGAAGUCAACGUCCCUAUUGUCUACGCUCUUUUUUCCCAGCGACAGGGACCAGGAGCAGCAAGAUUCACGUACAUGUAGGAUACCAAGAGCGACGAGGACGAGCCCGACCUCGAGCAAGGGGAGCCUGAAUCUGCAUUCGCUAGUAGAGGGACCGGGAGGUGCUGUCCCGUCUGCUUUGCUGACGUGGUCGCGUCGGUGAAAAGACGCUCUACUACAUGUGGAGAGAUGAAAGAUACAACAGGGUCGUUAGCGGUGAGGUUGACAGAUAAAGUACGGAAUAUCCUCAAAGAGCGACUUUGUCUCGCAUUCUCAUCAUGGAAAGGGACGACCUGCUGUCGGAGGAAACGAGGACCUCCUCAGGCUUCAUCCAGCUCUACAAACGAGGAGUGCGGCGAAAUAGCUUCAGCAGUGAGUCCGGAAGACAUGCUACAGCUGUUUCCGUGCUGUCAUGAAAUGUGUAAGCACUGCGUCCAGCACUUCAUAGGCGAAACUGUGCGACAGCAGCAGCCAGGCUUGUGGCGGCAGUGCCCAGUGUGUCGAGAGCAGCCUUGCGAAUUUCUUCCGAAGGGCGACGUGAAGUACAAUCGUGGCCCUGUGUAUUUCACCUUGUUCUCAUUGCUUGGAACCAAGUCGGCACACUUCAAGGCGCUGGGGCAGGUGCCAGACACAACAGAUGCAUCCAACGGGUGUGAGCGAACACCAUUAAGAUUGCAAAGGCUGUGGGAAAUUCGCGAAGAAAAUGACGAAGAUCACCCGACAGCACGCACCUGUUGGCUUAUCAAACGGUUGAUCGAUUGGCGCAGUUAUUAUGCGCGCAGUAGGCUUGCAAACGUCAGCUUUUUGGAUUUCAGUUGUUACUCUCUUUGUCGCACUUUUUCCUGUAGCAGACUUUUUCUCCCCGGCGAAUUGGUUCUUGUAUGA